AUGCGUGGAUUUAUUGUGUUGUGUCUUGUGGCAAGUGCCUGCGCCCAAUCUGGAUAUAACUAUCAAAAAGGAGAAGGAGGAGUGGGAGGUAGUGGAGGAAAUGGAGUGGGCGGUGGCCUGGGUGGAAGGGGCUUAGGAGGUGGUGAUUUUGGUGCCAGCGGUGCCAAUGGUGGAUUAAGCGGAAGCGGUGCUGGAUUAGGUGGAGGUGGUCUAGGUGGAAGUGGUUUUGGUGGAGACAGUGGUUACAAUGCUCCAGGCUCAUCCUUGGGUGGUUCCAGCUUGUCUGCCCCCUCCUUUGGCUCUUCCGCAGGUUCCAGCCCUUCUUUUGGUUCUAGUGGCUCAAGUCCUUCCUUUGGUGCUUCCAGUCCUUCAUUUGGCGGCUCAAGCUCUAGUCCUUCUUUUGGAGAUUCUGAUGGUCCCGAUGGCGCCUCUUCUUUCGAUGCUCCCGAAGCUGAAGGUCCUGUGGAAAAACAAUUCAUUACAUACACUGCUGAAGACCAGGAUUUCGUUGAUCCACAGGCCACCGAACAAUUUGCCAAUUCGGUUAAACAAGGACUCCGUGUGGUCUUCAUCAAGGGCCCCGAUAACAGUGGUUUGGAAAAUGCUGCCAUUGCUUUGGCCAAACAAGCUUCAGACCAAAAGACCGAUGUCUAUGUUCUCAACAAGCAGGCUGAUCUCGCUGCCUUGGCCAAUAAGUUGAACGCCGAAAACAGCAAUUCCAAUAACAAACCCGAUGUGCACUUUGUCAAAUAUCGCACCCCCGAAGAUGCUGCCAACGCUCAGAAGACCAUCCAAGCUGAAUAUGAUGCUUUGGGUGGAAAAUCUGAAAAUAUUGAUGGUGGUGUUGCCUCAUCGCUGAACUUUGCAUCUCAGGCUCCAGUUGCUCCUGCUGGUCAACAUGGAUCUUUUGGCGCUGCCACUAGUCCCAGCUAUCUUCCUGCAUCGAUUUUCCGUCGUUAUCGUUUUUAA